AAAGACUCGGGUCCAUUGACUACAAGUCUAACUUGUUUUAAACAUUUGUUUUCAAACGUUAUAGUUUUAGGUGUAGUUCACAGACGCUUUCAGCUUGUGUAGUGAAGUUGGAAAAGCAUAAAGUUAAUAUUGACUAAACGCGAGGUGGUUAUUGAGAGUGAAACUGGGUUUGUAACAUUGGUAUUUGCUAAAUUCAAUAGUGGAAGUGAACGCUAAAUCGAGGACGUUGUACUGUAGUUUUUUAAAAAAUUAAUUCAUAGGAUGAGGGCGUCAUUGGCUAGGCCACCGUUUGUUGCCCAGCGGGCAUUUAAGAGUCCAACUACAUUGUGGUGGGUCUGGAGUCACGUUUAGGUCAGACCAGGUUUGAUAAGGAACUGCAUUCAGAUUUAUGGUGGAUUUAGAAAUACAUUUGGGUUUAUAAUGGGUCAAAUCCCUAUCAUGGUAUAGUGCCAAUAACAACAAUUCGUGUCAAACAAGAACAGGAACAUUCCUGGUGAUGAUUGGAUAACUGUUUUGUGACACAAAAUGAUGCCAAAGGUGUGGGUUCAAUUACCACACCAGCUGAGGUUCCCAUAAAGGAUUCUCCUCCCCAAACUCUUCCCCUUUUCUGAGGUGUGAUGACUCCCAUGUUAAGACCCCACCAGUCCUGUCUGUCUGUCGCUACUGAGAGAGCAACCCUACAGUCUGAAGAAUUCAAGUACACAGAUUUUCUCAAAGCAGAGCAUGAAUAACAGCAGCAUCUGGAGAAAAAGCUCAUGUGAGAACAAUGACACUUUCAAAACUAACAUCUACCUUCCAACAUAUAUUAUCGUGUUUAUUUUUGGAUUUAUUGAAAAUGUCUUCUGUUUAUAUGUAUUCCUGAAGUUGUACAAGAAGAAGACUGCAAUCAGCGUCGUCACCGUGAACCUGGCAAUAUCGGAUCUGCUCUUUGUUUGCACUUUGCCCUGGCGGGUGCACUAUUAUUUGAACAAUGGCAAGUGGAACCUUCCACAUUCCUUAUGUGCAUUUAUGUCAUAUGCUCUGUACCUCAACAUGUACUGCAGCAUCUACUUUCUGACUCUUAUGAGUGUAUUGCGCUACUUUGCUAUAGUGCACCCAAUGAAUGCUUUAAAGUCUAGAAGUGUUAAAUCUGUUCAAAUCGUAUGUGUUGCAAUAUGGGUAUUUGUGGGUAUUGCAGCCAGUCCUUUUCUAACAGGUGGCAGUUACAUCAAUAAAAAUAAUGAAACAAAAUGCUUUCACCUCAAAGAUGGUGUUGACUGUAGAAUAUUUGUGAUGAAUUUAAUUUCCUUGGUUGUGGGUUGUAUUGUUCCCUUCUUUAUUAUCAUCAUCUGUUACACACUUGUUGUUAAGGCCUUGCUAAUCUCAAAGGCAAAACAUCACCAGAAAAUGAGCUCCCUCAGAAAAGCUAUCGCCAUGAUUAUUAUUGUAAUGGUUAUAUUUCUAACCAGUUUUCUGCCCUAUCACGUUCUCCGAACUGUCCACAUUGCUACUAGCUGGAACAUGGGACAUACAUCCCAAACCAGUUGUUUUGUCCAGAAAUAUGUGGCAGUUACACUGUGUGGUGCAGCAAUCAAUUCCUGUUUGGAUCCUUUUUUGUAUUACUUUGCAGCAGAGACUUUUAGGGGCAAAGUAAAAACAACAGUCAAUAACAUAUUCAAAUGCGUGAUGCAAAGAAGCUGAGUCUAUACUGCUAUUCUGUAAGUGUUGUAUAGCAUAGGAACAGAUCAUUCUGUCCAACUUGUCCAUGCCAGCCAGAUAUCCUAAACUAAUCUAAUCUCAUUUGCCAGCACUCAGCCCAUAUUGCCCUAAACCCUUCCUAUUCGU